UGGUCAUGUUAAAUACGCUAGUGAUGGUACUAGUCUAUCAACUAAUGGCCCGAUUGAGCCAUCUAUAAGUAAAAAAAUUUUAAAGGAAUCGCGUUCAGAUGAAAAACUUAAAAAAGAAAAACGAAAAACGAUGGGUGGUGUUUCUAUCGAUAUAAAAGCUAGUGCAAUGGCACAAUUGGAAAAAUUUGUUUCAUCUGAACGUUUACGAAAGUCAAAACCUGUUAAUGAUUCUGUAUCCGAUGAUGAUUAUAAUACUGUUCGUGGUCGAACUCCCUCUCCCCUACUUCCGACUGUUCGUAAAACAAAAACCAUGCCUAUAACUCCUCCUCCUUCAAUUCUAAAUUCGAGGUUACCUCCACCGGUUCCUAAUCGUAGUGUUAGUUAUAAUUCUUCUACUUCAAAAAACUUUACAAAAAAAUCUGAUCAUGAUAAUAAUUCGUCUAUCACUUCUGAGGCAAGAAUUCGACGAUUAACUGUUAAUGGUUCUACUAAUUCUUCGAGUAUGUCUCCUCCAAAGUCAGCCAAUA